AUUGUGAUUGUCUAAGUGGGUUGGGCUACACCUGGGCUGAUUCAUUCAUAUCGGAAGUGUUACGUACAUGUUUUAAUUGUGAGACUAAGGUAAAGAACACAAUUCUUGGAAGGUACAGCCAGGCAAGGUUAAAACAGAACUAAAAAUGUCUAGCAGAAAAACUAAAGGAAAGACAACAAAGAAAAGGGCACAACGUGCAACUUCUAAUGUAUUUGCUAUGUUUGAUCAAGCACAAAUACAAGAGUUCAAAGAAGCAUUUAAUAUGAUUGACCAAAACAGAGAUGGUUUUAUUGAUAAAGAAGAUCUUCAUGAUAUGUUAGCAUCACUAGGUAAAAAUCCAACAGAUGCUUCCUUAGAAGAGAUGAUGAACUGUGCUCCUGGACCAAUAAACUUCACAAUGUUUUUAACAAUGUUUGGUGAAAAACUGAAUGGUACAGAUCCUGAAGAUGUCAUUAAAAAUGCCUUUGCUUGCUUUGAUGAAGAUGUAUCAGGUUACAUCAAUGAAGACAGAUUGAGAGAUUUGUUAACUACAAUGGGAGAAAGAUUUACUGAUGAUGAGGUUGAUGAGAUGUUCAGAGAGGCACCAAUCAGGAAAGGAAACUUUGAUUAUCUAGAAUUCACACGGAUACUAAAACAUGGCAAGAAAGAUGAAUGAAGAUGGUGAUCUACGUAACAUUCCAAACACAUUAGUUGCAUGCUUGAUCAAGACUAUUAUGCCAGUUUAUCAUCUAAUCUAGCGAUAAUGUUAGAUAUUCAUGUAAAUUUUUGUCAAAAUCGGAUAAUUCUGAUGCAUAUGUUGGCUUUAAAUAAUGCACAGUGUUGCUGCUUGUCUUCCAUUACUAUACAUCACAGACAUUCUUAUAAAAUUUUGAUGUCAUGUUAGAUUUUUUAAUGUCUUGAUGCCACAUUGCAAAAUAAACGUAGGCAACUUAUAUUUUUAAUAUCUUACAAGUUGAAUAAUAAACACACACAUGACAAUGUAUUUUAAUGGCACCAUAUUUUUUAUCACUAGAUUAGAUGAUAUAAAUAUAUAUUUAUGCAUUUACUGAUCAGAAAUGAUCGGCCAAUAGUUCACUUAUUAAUGUAAUUUUGUAUGACUUGACAUAGUACAACUACUGCUAUCUCAUCUUCCACAUUUAAUAUUUUCUUAGAUUUUUGUUUGUUUGUAAAAAUUAGUAGACCCAGUUAGGUUUUCAGUUCCAUUACUGUAUAUUUAAUAUAUUGUCUUAAAAUUUUCGAAAAAUAGACAAGGUAUGAAUAUGAAACCAUUAAAGAAUUCUUGUUUUUAGACUUCGUUCUUGAACAUAUGAUUUUUUACAUAUCAACCAUUUUACUUGGAUUUCAGUGCCUAGAUAUUUUUAUUAUGCCUAAGAAUGAAUUUGGGAUGUAAAAAAGUUAUUAAAGGACUGAAAGAAUGACAUCACCAUCACUGAUUUUUUUUAUGUUUUUGCCAUCAAUCCAAUUUUGUCUUAUAAUGUUGAUAUUAAGAUAAUUUAAACAUACUAUUUUUUUUAAUUUUCAAAGGAUAUUUAAUCAGAAUCUCUUUUUUGAAAGUAAACUGAAUUCUUUUGUAAGUGUGAUAAUCUGAACUGUACAAGACUGAAAUAUUCAAUGAGUUGAUAGUUGAAAUGUUUUAGUUCUCUUAAGUGCAUUUAUGUUGCUACACUUUUGCAAGUUACAUACAUACGGUGUAAAAUAAACCCCUAGACUAGUAUUCAACAUAAUCAAUUUAGAUUGUUAUAAAAUGACAUGUUUUAUUUACAACAUAUAUAGAUUUGAAAUUAGUUGAAUAUUAAUGUUCGUUUUCAAGAACUACCAGUUUUAUUUCUUAUUCUGGGUGAAGAAAAAUCUUAAGUUUUAUAGAUAAUCAUAUUUCAAAUAGGAAAGCAUGUGCAUACAUUUAAUUCAGAUAAAAUUUAAAACCAUUGUGGACGACAUUUUUCAUAUUCUGUUAAGUAUUCACUAGUCACAUUUGUUUAAUUAACAUUCCUGUAAUUAUUGAAAUAAGCAUCAUUUACUAUUAAGAAUAUUUUGCUUGUAAUUGGAUCAAAAUAUUGUUCACACAGUGGAAGUGCUGGAACUUAUUGGUUUAUAAAACAUUUUGAUGAAGUUUUUUUGUACUUGUUAAAGAUAUUUUACAUUUGUAAGUUAUAUUAUUUUUUUCAACAAUGAAUCAUUCCAAUCACUGUGCUUAUGGACCAGUCUAUUGAAAUAUUUGUAUUACAAACAAAUUGUUAACAUUUAUACUAUACAAUAAAAAAUGAAAUAAU